AUGCGCCUUUCCUUCAACCAGUUUUCUGGAGAAAUCCCAUCUUCCAUUUCCAAUCUAACAAAGCUGCAAAUGUUGAGAAUAAGGGGAAAUUAUCUAGUAGGAGAGAUUCCUCGAGAACUAGGUCAUCUUGGUGGCAUGACUUUAUUAGACCUACAAAAUAACCGGCUUAUUGGCUCCAUACCACCAUCAAUCUUUAACAUUACGACAAUGCAAAAACUUGCUCUUACCAACAAUAGUCUAACUGGUACGCUUCCAAUAACUAUAUGUGACCAUCUUCCAAACUUGGAAGGGCUUUACCUCUCAGGCAACAACCUAGAUGGUGUUAUUCCACCAACAUUAGAAAAAUGCAGGAAGCUUCAAUUCAUGUUAUUGUCCGUCAAUCAGUUUAUUGGAACUCUACCAAGAGAGCUAGCUAACUUGACAGCACUUACAGUAUUAGAUCUUCGAGACCUGCACUUAAAAGGUAGUAUGAUAUUUCCUUACAAGGAAUCGGAAAUUUUCUUCCCUCUCUCUCUCUCUCUCUCUCUCUCUCGCAAAUCAGUACUCAUAUAUUUCCCGCACAUGACAGGAGAGAUACCAGCGGAGCUAGGUAAUCUUAGGAAACUCAAGGCACUGUCAUUAUACAAUAAUGUGUUUACUGGUCCCGUACCUGAUAGCAUUUUCAACAUGUCAGAACUGCAGAUCAUAGGACUUGGAGAAAACAGGUUUUCAGGUACUCUAACUUCAGAUUUAGGCCGUCGACUGCCCAACCUGGAAAAGUUUUCUUGUUCAGGUAAUCGUUUGAGCGGUUUUAUCUCGUCUUCAAUCUCAAAUUCUUCAAGACUCACAGGACUUGAUAUCUCAUGGAAUAGUUUCACAGAUCCAAUUCCUGAAUCACUUGGUAACUUAGAAUAUCUUGAGAUUUUACACUUGGGGAGUAAUAAUUUUUUCAGUGACUCAGCAUUGAGCUUCCUUACAUCACUCACAAACUGUAGGAAACUAAGAGUAGUCAAAUUUGUGUUGGGAUCGAAAUAA